CGUAAUCAUAGUCGAAAAGGCAUCACGGCGGAGUAUUUCCUCUUAGAUCGGGGAUUGAUACUAUUUAUUUCUGACAGCUGCAGUGACAGACAGUUUAAUCUUGCAUUGACAGACAUGACAGACAACAUGUCGAAAUCUAUCAAUCAAGAGGUUACCCCUGUCGACACCACCUAUCCAGUAAAAUGGUACCGCUCAACCUUCUACAACGCCCUCAUCCUCGGGAUAUGCAACCUCCUCGCCCCCGGAAUCUGGGGCGCCAUGAACUCCCUCGGCGGCGGGGGCAGUGAAUCGCCCUACCUCGUCAACGCCGCGAACGCCCUCACCUUCGGUCUAAUGGUGGUAUCCUGUUUCUUCUUCUCCGGCCCGCUCGUCCGCACAAUAGGCAUAAAAUACACCCUCAUCCUCGGCACAAUGGGGUACGCCCCCUUCGCGGCGGGCCUGUACGUGAAUAACCGCUACGGCGUAUCGUGGCUUAUCCUCCUCGGCGCGGCGCUGUGCGGGCUCUCCGCGGGGAUAUUCUGGAUGGCAGAGGCGGCAGUAGCACUAUCCUAUCCGGAACCGUAUAACCAGGGACGGUUUUUGGGGUUCUGGUUGAGUUUCCGUGUGGGAGGGCAGAUUUUGGGAGGCGCGAUUAAUCUCGGCGUUAAUGCGCAUCGGGCGACGGCGGGGAGUGUCUCGUAUGCGGUGUUUAUUGUGUUUAUCGCACUACAAGCGUUGGGCCCGUUUGCUGGGUUGUUGCUGAAUAAACCGGAGAAAGUGCAGAGGUCUGAUGGGGUUGCUGUGAAGUUGGGCUUGACGCAUGGCGGGUUGACCGAGUUCAAGGCGAUGGCGAAGUUGUUCAUCCGGAAGGACUUUGUGCUUAUCAUUCCUCUUAUUUGUCAGGCUGCAUAUUCGGAGGCAGUCAUGUUCACGUUUGAAGAUCUCUGGUUCUCUGUCCGUGCUAGAGCUCUGGGUUCAUUCCUCUCCGGUAUCGUGGCGCUGACAGUCGGGAACCUGCUCGGCGCAUUCAUCGAUAACCGGUCCAUUUCGCUCAAGAAACGAUCUCGGAUUGCCUUUUUCGUCGUGCUGGGACUGCAGGGUGCGUGGUGGAUCUGGGGGACGGUCAUCGUGACCGAAUUUCGGGCGUCGCAGCCGGUGUAUGAUUGGAGUGACCCGGGUUUUGGGAGGGGAUUUGCCCUGUUUUUGUUUCUGGUUGCUGGGUUCCAGUUGAAUUAUAUGUUUUUGUACUUUGUUGUGGGCAAUCUGGCUCGUGAUGAAGAAGAGGUUAUUCGCAUUGCUGGACUCUUGCGAGGGACGGAAUCUGCUGCCCAGGCAGUUAGUCUAACAAGUCAGUAUGGCCUCAGCAGUAUCUCCAUCAUGGCGUCAGUUGGAGAUUGGCGUGACGCUGGGAGAUAA